AUACGUACGGCCGAAUGCUCGUCACCGAAAAUAAUUCGGCGCGCUAUCGGCCGAAGUCUCGAAACGCGCGGCGUCCGACGUGCUUCUCGCUCUCGCCAGCGAAGAGGCGACCUCGCGAGGUCGCGCGACCGGAUUCCCGUCGUUUCGGAGGACGUCGCGAGGGCGAAACGAUCGAGAGUGCGCCGAGAAUGCGAAUCCACGAUUUCAAUUUCGGCGAUUGAAUAUAAAAAAAAAGAAGGAAGGAAGACACGUUCUCGUUCGCGUGGACGUAAUUGCGACCGAUUAAUCGAAACGCUUCAUCAAGAAAGUCUUUCGAUACCAUGGUAACAAUGGUGUACGUGGGUGGUGAAAAGUAAUGUAUUCCCUAUGAUGGAAUGAAUUUUGAGAAUAAAAAUUCAAAACGGGGGUGUAACAUCACUCUCUUCACCCGGAUAGAGCGACGUGGAAGAAAUCGGGCGGAUCGUAACAAAGGAAUGGUGCUCCGCGUAAAACAAAGAUGUGCUUCUUUGACCUAUAUAAAUAGAUACUUAAAUUGGCGAUUUAAUAUUGUCGCAGCUAACGUCAUACGCCAUAUGAGUGAGAUCUAAUAAACUUUUUUAAUUCAUUGAGCCAAAAACAUCACGUGCGAUUGGACAAAAAAAGAGACGGGUGAAGAAACUGGAUAAAGCAAUCAUAUGAACACUAUGGAAAGCGUAAAUCGUGGUGGAGAGUCUCAGUGCUGAAUAAAUAAAGAAAGGAAUUGAUGUUUCUACUUUGUAAUUUUUGUGCUUCUCCGGUUCUUACGGUAAAAAGGAAAAGCGCGGCGUUAGUGCAUUCGAAAUCCAUUACCGCGCGUUCGCUUCCCAUAAUAUUUAGACGAUCGGAUGUUUAUGAGAGGAAUCAACACUUCGCUCGUACCAUCAAUUUAUAGAUCGCAUUUCCGUCUACCGGAGCGUACAGAAACAAAUCUGACAAAGAACAUUUAUUAUGGUACAAACAUUUGGACAAAGCUAUUCGGAUUUCUCGGAGUAAACCGGAGUAAACGAAAUAUACGAGUGGCGUAAAAGAAUACGUAAUAAAAUUCUUUUAAUAAAAACCGCUUGAUACGCAUAAUAAUGACGAAAUAGAAAAAAAAAACAGCCCUUGUGAUCGCUUAACAAGAUACAAAUAUUCCGAUAUAUUACAGAUUUCUUUUUACUGAAACAACAAAAUAUAUAAUAAAAUAAUAUUACCUAACAUAAAAAUUAAAAUAAAUAUUUAGAAUCCGAGAAGAUUUCUGAUACAAAUCCAAGUUACUCAAAUUUUAUGGACGUGCAACCGCACGUGACGACACGUUACGCUGUUUCGGUAAAACCACUAAAACCACAUAAAAGAUGACAACGUCGUUAAAUUCCCAUAAUUGUCGUUCGUUAAAUAUUGCCCGUCACGUUCCGCGGAGUAUCUAGAUCUCGCAUCCUUGCUCCGCGAUCCAUCCAUCCGAUGGCGAAAGAUAAUGCCCGGCCGGCCGAGGAAUCCGGCGCGUUCGAAGCCGAGAGGAAGCUCGACAGGUCGGGCUGCCUGAGCCGUUCGCGAGAUCAAAGAGGAGCUGCCAGGGUCAAGGACAAGCCCGAGGAGGGUCGACUUCCGACCCCGCCUCCGGAUCCGCAGUGCUCGCCGGUCGCGCUCGCGCGGGAUUACCGCUCGGGGAUGACGUCCCGCGGAGGGCCCGGCGAGGAGGAAGAGGAGGAUCUCGCGGUUUAUCUCGGCGAGCUGGGCGCGUCGCCGUUCGAGGGUCACUCGUUCGACUACGACACCAUGCCGAACUCGGCGACCUCGGCGAUGGGGGGUGACGCGAUCCCCUUCACCGAGGAGGCGUUCGAGCACCUGGACCGGCUGUGCGCGCUGACGGAGCAGAUCCUGGAGCUGCGGAUGCGCAGCUCCGAGUACUUCCGGCGCGUGCGGGGUCUGGAGCGCGCGAAGGUACAGCUGAACGCGAAUCGUCGGCUGGAGAUCGCUCUGGCGAACGGCGAGGAGCUGCAUCAUGACUUCGCCGACGAGGACACCGGUUUCGCGGAGUCGCUGCUGGACGCGAUGCUGUCGAACUGCCGGGACGCCGCGUCCUUGACGCCACGGAGGAGCGAGCGUUCGAGCGUACGAUCGUCCGCGUCGUCGAGACAGCGGAGCCGAUCGCUCGUGCCGAUCGAGCAGAAUCUCGGUUCGCGCCUGGUCGAGGGGACGGGCGAGGCGGACAAACGUGGGGCGAGGAACGCGGGUCGCAACGGCGGUCCGAAGGUCAGCAAGUGGACCAGGGUGAAGGCGGCCUUCAAAUGGGAGCGUGCGUGCACGAACGAUCUCGCGGACAUCGCGGAAUCGGACGCACCACCGGCGACCACGUCGCCGACGCCGACAACCAAGUAUCUGCGAAUCCCGGACGCAACCACCGCCGGAAGCUGGAGCACCGGAUCGGCGCUGUCGCCUUGCACCAGCGAAGUCUCCAGCCCAUCCACGCCGAUCGGCCGAGUAUCGUCCGCGUCGUCGUCCAACGACGACGUGUUCGACGAUUCGCGCAAAAAUAUCGUCAACUAUCCAGAUCGACAUUCGCCUCUCGUGAAGGACGAUAAGAAAAGGGACGAUCCAGAUCGGUACGGUCGAUCGCUGGAUUGUGACACGCCCAUUACUGAGAGCGCCGAUUCCAUAGAAUCUCAUAGUGAGGCUAAUCGCGGUAAACCACUGAUUCGCAUUAUACCGGAAUCGGACGCGACGAUGCACGCUGCAAGCGGAAGCGGGAAAGAUCCUGAAGUGUCGGCGAAGAGACCGACGCCGACUCUGACGAUCACGAUACCGUCAAACGAGGAGGAGAUCAGAAGUUUGUCCUCCCCGGAAUCGAUGUCUCCUCUGCCGUCGAGCGCGCAGGAUUCUGGCGGGAGCUCGCCGCAACGUCCCAGGAUGCGGCCGGACAUUUUAAGCCUGAGGGAAUUCAAACGGCAGUAUUCGACGAUCGAGGAAGCGGUAACGCCCGCGCCAAAGAUACAGCAGCAAGAUUCGAAAUGGAACAAGGUCAGACGCGCCUUUCUGACAAACGCCACCUUCAGCGUUCCUCCGAGCCCGAUUAGAGUGGUCGCGGCGCAAUCGUUCGCUAACGAUGAUACGCGCCGAGCUCGCAGCUGUAGCGAAAGCGUCGAGGAUCUCGGUAAAACCGUUGCAGGUACCAAUAACAACGGCAAUUACUAUCGGGAAGCGCGCAGGGAUUAUCAGGCGCUGCGGGAGAAGUUCGGCGCCGAGUUCCAGCGGAAGCUGAUCGAGUGGGAGCGGCUGAAGGGGCCAGCGCAGAACGCUCGCAACGGCCUGCCGUUGAACGAGGAACGGCUCGCGCCCGAGUUUAGGAAGAAGCUGCAGGACUGGAAGCGAGCGAAGAAAGGUCGUCGGUCGGCCGCGGCCAUCGAGCAGCAGCGCGUUAGCCGUCGACGGUUGACCGACUGGCAGCUCUGGCGCUCCUCCUCGAAACCCGAGCCCAGAUGUUACGGUAAAAAUCAGAACUCGACCGGCUCGCGCGGAAGCUGCGCGAGUAUCGGCAGCGCGGGGAGCUUCGGCAGCGACGGGAAGCAGCAUCUCUGCGAGGAUUUCAUCAAAAGGAUGGAGACGUGGAGGAGGAUGAGCGAGGCCGCGUGUCGAAGCAGCGAGAGACCGAAGUCACCGACGACGAGUCGUGUUGCGUCUGACAUCGACGAAACGGAGUUUCUCGCUCUGGAAAAGCUGCUACCGCUGUUCGGGCAGAGAACCAGGAAGGAGCUUCGAGAGAGUGACGCGAGACAGCUGAACGACUGCUUCGAUGGCGAUUCAAGAUUCAUGGCUACAUCUCGAGGGGUAAACUGCGGCAACGAAGUGUUGAUUCGUACCUCCGUCGGCUCUUACCGUUUCGAGGGUAUAUCUCGAGAAUUUACGAGGAAGCUGUACGACUGGGAGAAGUACCGCGGGAUAUCACCGAGAUCCUCCACGUUCCGCCUCUUGGGGCCGGGCUACACGCCGUUCGCGCAAGAUUCGGACGGAGUUACGUUGGAAGAACCAAGCAAGAAUCAUGCAUUCCACUGGACCCUGAAGAGAUCUAAGUCCGACGGAAGCGUCUUCGAAGGCAGCCUUCGUGACGAAUCGAUCACGCUACGUCGCUCCGCGAGUCUUCAAUCUCUCACUUCUGCAGACAAGCUUGAAGACGACACUCGGAUGGGCGUCUUACCGGUCUCCAAUAACUCACAGGGGAUCAAAGAUCCGGAGGACGCAAUGGUAGAGGACUCCGAGCCGGAGGCGAUGAUUGUCGACAUCGAGGACGUUAUCGAGGAGACCGCCAGCCCUUUGGCAGGAGUGCAACCCCAUCAAACGCCAGUGUACUGUGUCGCGGCCAGCGAAACCACCAGCAUUGCCGUUCCUCUUGGCACAGUCACAUCGAGCCACGAGCCCUCGCCGGUGUUCCUAAUCAAGGCCGAGGAGGACGAGGCCUGCGAACGAUGGAACACCGGCGGGAAAAUCGGUCCGCAGGCUUGCUCGAGCGAGAACAGUCCGAGUCCGGAUUACUUUCCGGUGUCCGAGGACUGGCACGGAAAAACGACGUCUUUGGACGAGGACAAGUCGAGCUGGGAGCCGAGCUGGUGCAAGGAAAGCAAGGAGGACGACGACUCGACGGGAUGGACCGAGAAAAAGCGGCGCUCGAUCCCGGAUUCCGGCGAUUCCGUUAAGUCCGACUGUUCAAUCGGAUGGAAUCGAGACACUUGGGACGAAUCGGGCGACGAAGCAAACAGAGAUUCGCUGAGACUCGAAUUGCCUUCUACGCCGACUUGCGAGAGUAAAAAUGAUAAAAGAAAGCAAGACUUUCUCGAAAGUGACAACGUCGAAUCUACGCGCUUUGCGAAGAGUCUCGAAACCUCAUCGACGGCUUCGAAUGCGGGAAAACUUACGGACCCACCGCUCACGUGCAAGGGGAUGGACGAGACGCGUAAGGAUGAGACGUGUGAGGAGACGAUCGAGAGUCUAGCGGAUGAAUUGUCGAAUAACGAACGGACGAGCGAGGCAAAGAAUCUCCAAGAUGACGAAGAAUACGACGAGAAGGCCGAACGAGGAGAGAUAAUUUUCGACGCGGAUUUUUGCGCUUAUCAAUCAACAAAAACGGUCCCGUCGUCGGACUCUCGCGAUUCCAAGGGAAUCUCAUCGAAAUUGUCAAAUUUAAAUUCAGAGAAUAACAAGGAUACAUUGGAAUAUCGCGUUGAUGGCGAAAACGAGGCUUCAGCACAUUACGAGAGUUGCGGGUCACCCGAGUUGCAGACCGAUGCGGAUCGGCAUUACGAAAUUCUGACGUUUAAAAACGAGAUGUGCGGCGAUACGAUGGAUAAUCGUCUGUACGAGCCGGUCGACUAUCACGAAAUUUGCAGCUCCUACGACAACCGAAGCAACUGUGUAAAAGAGAUUUCUUCGUUACCGAAAAUGAAGAAGUCAAAUCUGGAAAAUCCGAGAGGUCUCUUUACCAAUUCCACCAUUCAGACUGUUCCCAUAACCGUCGCCAGGGACGACAAAACACGCUGUUUAGAAAGAAUUCUUAUCAACGAGGAGACUUUGAAUAAGAUAAUUGUCCCCACGGCGUGUACGGAGAGCGGGACGAAAUCCGCGGAGAAAAUUCGAGAUCGUUUCUCAAGCCUGGACGAGGCCGCGGCCGUCAAUAAUAACGUAUCUAAAAAAAUGACACGCGAUCAUCAAGUCGAGGGUGUUAGGAAGGAUUCUUCCACCAAAAACGUCUUCGUGAAGACGAAGCGCAUGAUCUUCGGCCCGUUUCGUCGAUCAGAGGAUCGACCGUCCUCGAGAAAGCAGAGCGACAGCUCCGUCGACGGUCGAUCUUCCGACCGACGUUCGUCGAAAUCCAAGAGCAAAUCGAGAUCGUCGUCGCCAAAAUUGUGCCGACAGGACGCUCUCCUGCGAGUCUCGUUGUCGCUGCCGUGGCCUCUGCGCUCCACGUCGAAGGAGAACGAGGUUUCCUCCCAAGCUGAGUCCAGGAGAAGCUCAGGAAGCAAGGUGGAAGACGCAACAACGACCCCGGUGAAGAAUUCACCGUACGAAGAGAAUAACGUGGAAAAUAAAAGACUAAACAAACAAUUAAGUAACGAAGAGCCACCAUUCAUUGAUGUGGAAUAUAUAGAUGAAGAAAAAAUUCGUCAAACAGACACAGAGUUUGCGACCGCUCCCUUGAACGUGUGCUCGAUCGAGACGACUUCUGCACGAAUUUCUGAGCAUCCGGAGAAAUCAAAUAUAACCGAGUGGGAUCAAAGCGCGUGCCGAAUACGAGGCGAACUCAAAUGCAGUCGGACACAGAAUGAUGGAGAACGCAAUAUCAAGUGGAGUCAAGUGCAAUUCGAAGGAAGAGGCGACAGGGAAAGAAACCACAGUCGAAAGCGCGAAGAAAGAUGGCAAGAGGUCAAAUUCGAUCGGAAACAGAGCGAAGCGAAGCAGCAAGACGAGAAUCACGCGAGAUGCGACGCGGUACCGUCGGACUUGAUGCACAAGCUCAGGAUACUCUCGGACGCCGCGGCGAAAAGAGAAGGGCGAACGACGACGGCGGAAUCCUCCGUGGUCAGCAGCUUAGAAUCGCGUUCCUCUAGGAUACGGCGCGCCAAGGAGAGCUUCUUGUCGCGACGGGGCGGUCCUUUCUGUCGCUCCGUGAUAGAAAUUGCCGCCAACCCCGAAGAUCCUUGGCGACGGACGUUGACGACUCAGUUAUCGAUGCCCGCGGAAAUGUCGGGAUCGAACGGGAUCAUGGGAACUGCUUCGAAGCCGGAAGAACCGGAAGAUGUGAGAAACCGAACGGAAACAACGACGUUGACCGCGGAAAACGAAACCGUCUCUCUGGGCGAGGACAAGGUCGACGCGCGCCAAGUAGGAGAUCGCACGAUCGACGUCGCCGUUCGAUCGGAUUCCCUGGUGAAAUCGGCGAGCGCCGGUAUGAUCAACGUGGAUCCCGAUACGUUCGAUCGGCUGGCCACGACCGAUCGCGGGUGCGAGUCUCUGCCGAGGGUGAUCGCGAAGCGCCGCGACUCCUCGAGCCCGUUGGCGAAGAUCGUCGGGAAACUGAAGCUAUCGCGAUUGAUUCGCACCCGGAACAUCGAUGGCGGUAAUAUGAGCACGAUCUCGACGUUGUGCAGGCAAAGUCUGUUGAUCGAUAUGCGAAAUCGACGAAGCAACGGCCGGGAGAUUGAGAAUGAUCUGGCCGAGGAUGCGACAGAUGAUACUGAUGACGAUCAUUCGGAUGAAUCUUCUAAAACGGUUCAGGAAUGAAUCUGUUCGCUAAUCGAGGGUUAUUUAUGUAAUGUUCCAGGUGUCUAUGAGAUUUUUUAAAACCUGUUUCUUAAGCUUGCUUCGUCUUAUGCUAAUGAAAGGAUAUUAAUCUUCAGUAAUAGAAAAGCCUACCAGCGAAUUAAGAAGUAGCAUGUAAUUAAAUAGCCUGUCUUAAGAGCUGUAUUUGUCAAUUAAAUCAUGCUUAAACGAUAA